AUGAGUAUUUCUAGGGAUAAUGUUGAGGUAUUUGAUUCUGCAAAUUCUAGUGCCGAUGAAGUUGAAAUAAUUGAAGAUUUGGAUGUUGAGGUUGAAGAAGAUAAGAGCUUGCCCAAUAAACCAAAUACCGGGUCAUCUUCAUAUGUGGAGCCGUAUGUGGGGUUACAAUUUGAUGAUGCAGAAGAUGCACAUACUUGCUAUAAAGCCUUCUCUAGACGAACUGGUUUUAGCAUUCGAACAAACCAUACCCGAUUGGCAAAGGAAGACAGAUCACUAAUUGGGGUAGAAUAUGUUUGUUCAAGGGAAGGGUUCCGUCGCCAGAAUUUGAAAUCGAAAGAUAGAGCAAGACCCGAGACUGCAGAAACAAAAAUUGGGUGUAAAGCAAUGAUGACAAUAAGGAAGGAUGGAGAAAAAUGCGUUGUGUCCAAGUUUGUACUCCAGCAUAAUCAUGAGCUGCUGACACCUAGGAGUACAAGUUUUAUGCGUGGGCAUAGACGGGUAACACCAGCGCAAAAAAAUUUAAUAGACACACUAAAUGAGUCGGUGAUACCAACACGGAAAAUAAUGUCCGUCUUGAGUAAGGAGUCUGGUGGUGACUAUAAUAUUGGUUGCAUUAAUAAAGAUGUUCAAAAUUAUUUGGGCAAUCGAAGGAGACAGUUCCUGGGAGAGGGAGACUCACAAAGCCUGUACACUUACUUUUUGGAAAGCGAACGUAAUAGUCCAGGUUUUGUGUAUUCGAUCCAAGUUGAUGAAAAUGGAUCGAUGAGAAAUUGCUUUUGGGCAGAUGCUAGAUCACGGGCUGCAUAUCAGUAUUUUGGGGACGUUGUGACUUUUGAUGCCACGAAUAUGCCAGAAAGUUAUGCAACUGCUUUUGACAUGUCUCAAGAUCCGACCAUGUCACAGGAUCAAGACUUUGGUGCUUCGUGGAAUUUUCACGCAUCACAAAAUCAUUAA